UGGCUCGUGAGUCCGGUUAGUGAAGGUUACGCGAUUGUAACAACCGUUGUGUGUGCGUGUUCUUGCUCAUCGCGACGUGCGUGAGUGCGUGCAUGCGUGCUUGAGGAGGAAAAGAAGGAAAAUCCUCGAACGUGCAAAUGCUCAUCUAGGUGUUCCGACAGGUUCCGACGAGUUAUCAUCCGGUUGAUCGGUGCCAACUGUUAGUGCGUGUUUUUGUGCGAGAUUCAUAUCCACGGGGACAGUGGAAAAGUGCGGCAAACACAGUAAAGAAAAAUCAACAGAAGUUAAACUUUACUCCGGACAAUUUGCUGACGGCACAGGAGGAGGCAGAAAGAGUAGUGACAACACGGACGCGACCAACUGAACCAUCAACCCCAGCACAAACACACGAUGCCGCUGUUCGGGAAAUCACAGAAGAGCCCGCAGGAGUUGGUGAAAGCUCUCAAAGAGGCGGUAGCCUCGCUGGAGCGAGGCGACAAGAAGGCAGAGAAAGCACAGGAGGAUGUUAGCAAGAAUCUGGUGCUCAUCAAAAAUAUGCUGUACGGAACAUCGGACGCGGAACCACAGACCGAGAUCGUCGUGUCGCAGCUCGCACACGAACUCUACAGCACAAAUCUGCUCCUGCUGCUAAUACAGAACCUAAACCGCAUUGACUUCGAGGGUAAGAAGGAUGUGGCACAGAUCUUCAAUAACGUGCUGCGGCGACAAAUCGGUACCCGCUCGCCGACUGUCGAGUACAUCUGCACAAAGCCCGAGAUUCUGUUCACACUAAUGGCUGGCUACGAGCAUCAGGAGAUUGCGCUCAACUGUGGUACAAUGCUGCGCGAGUGCGCUCGCUACGAGGCGCUCGCCAAGAUCAUGCUGCACUCGGACGAGUUUUUCAACUUUUUCCGCUACGUCGAGGUUUCCACGUUCGACAUCGCAUCCGACGCAUUCUCGACGUUCAAGGAGUUGCUAACCCGCCAUAAGAUUCUAUGCGCUGAGUUUCUCGAGCAAAACUACGAUAAAGUGUUCACACACUACGAGCAUCUGCUCAACUCGGAGAACUACGUGACCAGACGCCAGAGCCUCAAGCUGCUCGGGGAGCUGCUCCUAGAUCGACACAACUUCACGGUGAUGACAAAGUACAUCUCGAACCCGGACAAUCUGAAACUCAUGAUGAACAUGCUGAAGGAAAAAUCUCGCAACAUUCAGUUCGAAGCGUUUCACGUGUUCAAGGUUUUCGUAGCCAAUCCGAAUAAACCGAAACCAAUUCUUGACAUUCUGCUGCGCAAUCAGGAGAAACUGGUCGAUUUCCUCACCCGGUUCCACACCGACCGCUCUGAGGAUGAGCAGUUUAAUGACGAAAAAGCUUACCUGAUCAAACAGAUCAAGGAGCUGAAGCCGCUGACGAGCGGGGGCGGGGACCAAUAAGAGGUUAACAUUUGUUGGUCGUAUCAGCCUUUGUCACCAUCUAACGACCCAUCACACCUCUCCCCCCCCCCCCCCCCAACGAUAGUAGUCCGCGUCGGCCCCCGCUGCUUACCAUUCUCAGCGCCAUGCGGCAGGUGACAGUUAACGAUAUCGGUAACGAAGAACGCAACACCUUUGGCCUGUAGAGAUCUGGCGGGCGGUGUCGCAAGCUCCUCCUGUGCAUUAUCCUCUCCGGUGUAACCGUUAUAGCUUAAUUGGAGCCGCGUGCAACAACACACUGUAGUAACAGCAAAGAAUGUUAGGAUUAGUUGAUUAUAGCAAUAUCUUUUGCCUAAGACGCUGUAUUCUCGCAUAUUGCAAAUUCCACAUUUCCUUCGCUACCAUCUUCACCAUCACCAUUUGGCGGAGGUUACUGGUAUGGUGGUAACACUCCAGAUAACCUUCAAGUGUCCUGUUUGCGUGUUUGGCUUAGGCAGAUGGGGCAAUGAAUAGAUUAAUCUGCGUGUGUGGCAGCCUCCCAUGCUUCAUACUUACCAUCAUCCUCGAGGAAGACCUCCCCAACAAACAACAGCAUGAUAAAAAAAAUGGUUAAAAAGAGUGAACUCUAGCAAAAAGCGGUUACGGGUCGCUCUAACUACAAUUUCGAAUUAAAAAGGAGGAACCAUAAUGGAAGAAAAUUAUAAUAUGUUAUAAAUAUAGAUUGAUACUUGUUCGAUCGAAGUUAGGAACGUUGUGAAAGGUCACGACGAAUUAUAGACGACGCGAAAAAGAAACAUAGAAAAUGCAGGUAGAAUACACGAAGAAAGGGUAGAGAGAGCGAAGGCAACCGAAAGGAAGCGAGGGAAAGCGGAGUAAAAGGAAGAGAGAGUCGCAGAGGGAAAAGAAAUGGAAGGUUUGAAAAUAGGGAAACGGAUAGAUUGAACUCGAAGGGUGAUGCUGCACACAAUGUUUCUCUCGAUAUCGCGGAACAGGUGGAUCGUCUCCAUUAAAAAAGCAGCUAAGCUGUUUUUUUAUUACAUGCAGACGAUUUUUCCCGAAACUCGCGACAAAUGUGUGCAGCCCUGAGCACCUUAAGCUGGAUUUAUAAUUCAAAACGCGUAUGAAAAUUACCUUAUCACAUUACAUAUUCAACAACCUUGCAGCAGCCUGCUUGGAAGAUUAUUCAAUAAUAUAUAUUUGCGUUAUCAGUCCCCUCUCCCCCUUCUUCAACACAAAGACACAUUCACACACACACACACAUACACACACACACAAACACACACACAAACACACUCACACAUACAAACACACACACAAACACACUCACACGUACAAACACACACACACACACACACACACACUUCGAAACCUUUCUUGACAGGCACUUUUUUUACAUUCGCAUAAACAGCAGGAGCAAAUGACUUAUAUAUGCAGGGAGACAAACAGGCCCAUUUGGCGAGUGCCUGUUAGUUUAAAGCAACAGCAAAUACUUUGGUCCACAUCAGCGCUGCCGCACACCUCUGCUGGUGUAUUUAUUUAUUGAAAAAGAAGUAUUUAACAUCCCUGUCAUAAUUAGAGCGGUCAUCGGUCGUCGUCACCCCUUCCUUCUUUAUACCACUACUAAUCCUUAUGUGAUGUCUGCGUUACAAAAAGCAUGAUAGUUAGGGAGACGACGACGAAGAAGUGGUAAUCUACCAGAGUUCCUGUACGGCUCCGAUCGAAUCGGGUCCAUCGGGUACUCCAGGAUGAUGUUUUCGCGUCCGACUUAUGGCCCCAAGCCGGUAAAUGAAUUACAAUGACUAGCGAGGCGAUUUUGCAAAUGAAUGAAAUGGACAAAUUAGAGGUUUUGGAUGAUUGGUUGUUGGAAGAGUAGGAAAAACUUGUAACAAAAAAAGAAGGAAAACGAUUGCUAGCGCGUGAUAUUGAGCGAUACACUACAUCAAACGUGGAGCAACGCAAAUGAAAUUAUUUCGAGAAAUAAAAACCAACAACAAAAGCGAAACAAGAACUUGGUAGAAACGCACAUUGGAGCAACAAUGGUA